AUGUUUAUGGAAAGGGUUGUCUCACGAACUCUCAAAGCUAUAUGUUGGGCAACGGGACUGUAUGCUGGCGAAGCAGAAUGGACUAUGGAGUAUUCUUUCUUCAAUGUUACAAUUGAUCUUACUAAUGCUGGCCAUGAGCAUAUGGAAGAUAUUUUGGGAUUGUUGUUUAGACACAUUAAGCAUUUACAACAGUCUGGUGUUUCCCAGUGGAUUUUCGAUGAGCUCUCAGCUAUCUGUGAGGCAGAAUUUCAUUAUCAAGCCAAAAUACACCCAAUUUCUUAUGCAACACGUAUUUCACCAAAAAUGACGAUAUACCCAAGGAAGCAUUGGCUGGUUGGAUCAUCACUGCCUACGAAGUUCAAUCCAGCUAGUGUGGAAAAGGUUCUCAAUGAGCUUUCUCUCAAUGAGUCUUCUUCGCCACGUGCUCCAUUUUGA